CUUCCUUCCUACGCAGCCGCUACUGCAGCCGUGGUCGCUGGAGCUUUGCCUCUCUAGGCCGGUAGGACCUCUCCUCCAUGGUCCUGUCUGUCGGCCCCGUUUCAGGGGCCUGCCAGUGAGGCUGGGCCGUGCUCGGACCCUUCGAUCCUCGGGCCCGUCACCGGUGCCGGAGCGGCCCGGACCCUAUGGCGCGGCGGCGCUGACCCAGGCCCGGGUGGCGGUCGGUCCCCAGGGCCGGCAUGGCUGGCCAGUUUCGCAGCUACGUGUGGGACCCGCUGCUGAUCCUGUCGCAGAUUGUCCUCAUGCAGACCGUCUAUUACGGCUCGCUGGGCCUAUGGUUAGCGCUGGUGGACGGGCUGGUGCGCAGCAGUCCCUCGCUGGACCAGAUGUUCGACGCCGAGAUCCUGGGUUUUUCCACUCCUCCAGGCCGGCUCUCCAUGAUGUCCUUCAUCCUCAAUGCCCUCACCUGUGCCCUGGGCUUGCUGCACUUCAUCCGGCGAGGGAAGCAGUGUCUGGAUUUCACUGUCACUGUCCAUUUCUUUCACCUCCUGGGCUGCUGGUUCUACAGCUCCCGUUUCCCCUCGGCGCUGACCUGGUGGCUGGUCCAAGCUGUGUGCAUUGCUCUCAUGGCUGUCAUCGGGGAGUACCUGUGCAUGCGGACGGAGCUCAAGGAGAUCCCCCUCAACUCAGCACCUAAAUCCAAUGUCUAGAAUCGGGUCCAUUGGACACCCCGCUGGGCACUUGGCACCCCCACUCCACACACACACCUUGGGCUGCUCAGACCCUCCAGAUGAGGUUCAUCCCAGACCUGAGAGGAACCCUGGAAAUGUGAAGUCUCUGUUGGUGUGGGAGAGACAGUGAAGGCCCCGUCAAGAAGGCAGGUAGCAGUCAGGGUCACAGCUGCAAGAACGGCCAGUGUCUGCUGAAGUCUUGGUGUCUGGGAGGUUGGCGAAGAGACAUCUUUCAGGGUAAUAACAGAAUUGGAACUGUGUCACUCUUGAGCCACCAUACCUGUCACCAGCCUGUUAUUUAAAAAAAGAAAAAAAAUCAAGGAUAUCUGAUUGGAGCAAAUCACUCUUCCAGUCAUCUGUCUUAUCUCCCGGGGACAGCUGUUACCUUUGUCAUGUUGCUGAACCACAGCUCUUCUGUUGGAGAAGCUCUUGGUUUCUGGAUCCAUAGCUACAGAAAGAGAUGUGGGUGCAAAGUACCUGGCUGCUGUUGGGAGAGGAUGGCAGAUGGAGCAAGGAAAGCAAGCACAAGGAAAAUGCACAGUCCGUGUCCUGUGACACGCAUGUGCGCACACCCAUGAGCCCAUGAUUAACUUCCUGCCAGUGCUCUCUGCUGGGUCCACACCCUGCUGCCAGCUUUCUGCAGGGCGCAUAGAAGAAUCCCAGGAUUGGCCCAUUUAACCCUCACGUGAGAGUGACUGACUUGUCUCUAGGAGUUACCAGGCACCCCACCUCCCCCUGGACCUCGGGUCUACAGUGGUUCCCUUUUCCUGCUUCACUUGGAAUCCUGCAGUGGGAAGGGUGUGAUGGGUGCCCAGAGACAGGAAGCCCAGUCUUUCAGUCCCAAUUGUGUCAGUAGUGCUGAGGGAGAUAGGAAUUUGCUGCUAGGAUUUUUCUUUGGAGUGGAGUGUCCUCUGUGAGAGGCUUGCAGCUGGCCUUCCUGUGUACAUAAAUACAGUCUUUUCCACA